UGCAGCUCCAAAUAUUGCAGACGUUCAAGAGAGUGAGGCAGCUGAUGUGACAACCAAUGGGGAAUCAAGUUGCAACCACAGCGCUAGAUGAGAGCGCAGCCAGGACAUCCGAACUUCUCAACUUGCCUGGCAAGGAAACGGAAUACAUGGACCAGAAGGAAGGAAGGAACGACACAAACAGUCUUUUAGCUUGCUUCACCGACAUGACAUAAACAAAAAAAAUCACAUUUGUGGUGAAUUGUGCUACCUAGUUAGCUAGCCGGCUAACUUUUAAGCUAACUCAUUCAUUGACACAUUACAAGCUAGCUAGGCUAGUCAGAUUCGUUUACAGCUAAUCAUUAACGCACACACGGCAGCUAGCUGACGUUACUGUCUGAAAAGGCUGGGACGUCAACAUCACACGGGGAAAACGUGCGGUAUUUGCUAACAUUUGGCUCACUCAGAUACGAAUUUUGUUAAUAACUAGAUGAAUUAGCUAGCUAGGUACUUACCAGACGCUAGCUAGUCCUGACAGCUAUCGUUAGCAGCCAAUUUAGCCUAGCUAGCUAGACAAGCUACGUAUUCCAUGCCAUGGCAUUGGUUUUGUUUGUAAACGUUCGUCUGGUUACAUACUGUUGGUUGUGACCGUGCCAAAGAAAUAUAUGUAUUAUUGAGCGAAUCAUGGCUAAAAUAGAGAAUGGUCGCCAGUCGGCCGACUCGAGAAGUAUCAGGACCAUUAGCACCAGUCAUAUGGACGACGAGAGCUCCCUUGGCUCAGACUCCGAGAUCAACGGCUUUACCAACGACAGGCAUACGGAUAAAUAUGGAUUUAUUGGAGGGGCGCAACAGUAUUCCGAACAAUCGGCUCAGGAUGUUCCUCCAGAGGUGCUGAGGCAGCGAGAGGUCAAGUGGCUGGACAUGCUAAGCAACUGGAACAAAUGGAUGGUCAAGAGACACAAAAAGGUGAGACUGCGGUGCCAGAAAGGAAUCCCUCCCUCACUGCGAGGCCGUGCUUGGCUCUACCUGUCGGGAGGAAAAGUGAAGAGGGAACAGAACCGGUGGAAGUUCGAGGAGCUGGACAGUCAGGCUGGAGACCCAAAAGAGCUGGAUGUGAUUGAAAAAGACCUGCACAGACAAUUCCCCUUCCAUGAGAUGUUUGUGUCACGAGGGGGCCACGGACAGCAGGACCUGUUCCGUGUACUGAAGGCCUACACACUGUACAAGCCAGAGGAGGGCUACUGUCAAGCCCAGGCCCCCAUUGCUGCUGUGCUGCUCAUGCACAUGCCUGCUGAGGAUGCAUUCUGGGGGCUGGUCCAAAUUUGUGAGAAGUACCUCCCUGGAUACUACAGUGCAGGGCUGGAGGCCAUCCAGUUAGAUGGAGAGAUCAUGUAUGCCUUGACGCGGCGUGUUUCCCCCCUAACCUACCGCCACCUGGAGAAACAGAAAAUAGAGCCCAUCCUCUACAUGACAGAGUGGUUCAUGUGUGUGUUCUCCCGCACCCUGCCCUGGGCCUCAGUGCUCCGCGUCUGGGACAUGUUCCUCUGUGAUGGUGUGAAGAUAAUCUUCCGGGUGGGCCUGGUGCUGCUGAAGUGCAUGCUGGGUACCCGUGAGAAGCUGAAGGCGUGUCAGGGCCAGUAUGAGACCAUGGAGCUGCUGAGGGCCAUAGAGCCACGCUACAUGCAGGAGGGCUUCCUCGUCCGGGAGGUUCUAGAGGUGCCUGUGUCAGAGCGGGACAUUGAGCGCGAGCACCAUGUUCAGCUGAAGCGCUGGAGAAAGAACCGCGGAGAACUGCACUGCAAGUCCCCUCCCAGAAUGCACGGUGCCAGGGCUAUCAUGGCCUCGGAGCCUCCCAGUCGCCAGGACCUUCGUCAGAACCCCACCAUCAUCGUCAAGUCGCUCCUGCCUCCCCCUCAGCCCACCCCUCAGCUGAAGAAGGGAGAGAAGAAGGGCAAGAAGAAAGGAAGUAUGAAGAAAACCCCUCCUGUCACGGAGAUCCCCAACCCUUAUAAUUUACCUGGUGACCCUCAGCUUCCACUCAGAGAUCCUCUGCCUCAGCCUACUCUGAGAGACUCACCAGUACAGACGCCCCUCGUCAAUGACACACCCCUCCCAAACACACCUAAAGACUCUCCCCUGCCCCAACAACCAGCCCUCAAUGACCAACCAGCCCUCAAUGACCAACCAGCCCUCAAUGACCAACCAGCCCUCAAUGACCAACCAGCCCUCAAUGACCAACCAGCCCUCAACGACCAACCAGUCCUUAACGACCAGUCUCUUCUCAAAGAGUCGCCCCUCCAGAAGUCCACACAGAGCCUGAGUAGCACAGAGGCAGAUCAUCAGGACACAUACCUGUAGCUCUCGCUGUGGGCAGAAGGUGAAACUGGCCAUGAUGGGAGUGAGAGAGGAACUGGAACAACCCCUGUUUUAUCCUGGACAUCUCUCACUUCCACAGUGUGAGUCAAAGGCUGACGCCAUCCAGACACAAAGCCUUGCUCUGCCCCAGGCUGGGCCUAUGGCACCUCUGACCUCUGGGGGAGAUUCCAGGGUGGCUCUACUGAGGAUGUUCCAGUUGUCAUUCACUCACUCACUCUCAGGCCCUGUGCAUGCCCUCUGUCUCUUUAUCAGGCACUAGCACAGCUCAGCCAUAUACCAGCAACUGGGUGUAUCAUGGCCAAUGGCACUGCGGCCCAACCAUGGGCUGCAGUAUUCUGCUUGCUUUUAAGACACCGUAUUGCCUAGAGCAAGCACACAAUCAGCAGCAUACACUAAUGCAUCACUGCCAAGUGUUAGAAUACUUUCAUCCUUAUGUUACCUCUUCAUGCUUCUUCACUCUGACUAUUAGUGAUGUGUAAGGGAGACAGUGUUCUCUUUUAUAAAACAGGGCUAUACUACUUUUGAUACUUUUUUAAAUGAAAUUAGCAUAUAUUAAAUUGUUAAUGUAAA